AUGGCAGCAGCAGCAGUGUGGCUUCAUACCUAUGUUGACGGCUGCCGUCUCCGCUGCAGCGGGAACUUCCUGCACACAGCUGCAGCUGCAAGAGUAGCGGGGAGAGCAGCGAAGGCCACCGCCGGAGCAGCACACGCUUCAUGCCAACGCCAGCUGUCUUCAGCAUCAGCAUCGAAGACGGCCGCUACACUGGGAGGAAAGUCUAGCGCUGGUGUAGGCUUGCUACGCGCAGCCACGCUGCUCCUGAACAACCCCCCACCACACUACGAGGUAUCUGUACACAAGGGCCUUAAAGUGCAAGCUUCGCUGCUGCUGCAGCGACUACCUUUAGUGUAUAAGGAACCAAAACACGAGCAGGAGUUCAGGCUGUUCAAAGAAGAGUGGGAGAGGAGAACUAACAACAGCGCAAUUCUUGGCGACGAGAUAACCUACAUGCAACUUCCAGGGCAUUUUUUAGAGACUCGACAGCAGCAGCAGCAGCGCGAGCAGAAAGAACAGAGGACAGGGGACGCGCAGAUGUCAGAGCUCGACAUGCUUUUGCAGCAGGAGGGACUGGUGAUUGACAGGCACAAGAUGCGGCGCCAGAGACGGCAACACCAGGAUAACGCAGGAGUCACAGCGAGUGCCUCAGCUGCACCAACAACAGCAGCGGAAAGGGAGGACCAAUCUCUUUCUCAGCUUCCUGAGAGAGUACUGCUGCUACUUGUCAAGUACGGCCACAGCUGGCAGCUGCCAGUGGAGGACAGAAGGCAAGGACAAACAAUGCGUCAGACUCUAGCACGCUUGUGCAUGAAACAACUAGGCCUGCGUGAGGCCCCAUUUAUGGUCGGUUUUUCUCCGGCGGCGGUUCGACAUAUCAGAAAUAAGCCUGGCGAAGUUAUCCAAGGGAGAGAAGUUUUCUACUACCGUGCUUACCAUGUCCCUGAACAGCCUCAGGUUUGUCUUCCCGCAGACAGUCCUGUAAGAGAUUGGGCGUGGGUGACGGCGGAGGAGGCUAGAAGACGCAUGCCCGCAGCUGGUUUUGCUGCCGUAAGGGACUCGCUGUUGCUCGGCUGA